AUCUCAGUUGACUAUAAACCUUAACCACUCCAAAAAAUGCUGUUCCUCUUAGUCUCUCUCUUAGUAGCAAGUGGCGAAGCCCGUCCAGCAGAUCCAGCUCCUCAAUGGGGAAACCUUACUGUGGUUUGCCCUGACAACCCAGAAGGAUUCUUGCUAUUUGUUCCUCAUCCAUUUGACUGUACAAAAUACUUUGUCUGUGUAGAUAAUGCCCCUGUACUUAUGAGCUGCGCUCCACCUCUCUACUUUGAUCCUAACAUUAAAAACUGCAAUUGGCCUGAUCAAGUAGACUGCACCCAGCACGAGACUGAUGCCCCAACUGAUGCUCCCACUGAUACCCCAACUGAUGCACCAACUAAUGCUCCCACUGAUACCCCAACUGAUGCACCAACUGAUGCUCCCACUGAUGCCCCAACUGAUGCCCCAACUGAUGCUCCCACUGAUGCACCAACUGAUGCCCCAACUGAUGCUCCUACUGAUGCCCCAACUGAUGCUCCCACUGAUGCCCCCACUGAUGCCCCCACUGAUGCACCCACUGAUGCUCCUACGGAUGAAACCACUGAUGGUCACCCAACACACCCAUCACACCCUACACAUCCAUCACACCCAACAACCCACCCUCACACUACUCAUCCCCACCCCACUCACCCAGGUUGCUCUAAAGUUGUUGAUAUGGAACAGUACAUGGAAUUUAUAUUAUAUAAUUCAGCAGUUUCACACAAAGAACAGUUGAUUAUAAGACUUAAUCACAUAAGAAUGCUGUUCCUCCUAGUCUCUCUCCUGGCAACUACUGGUGAGGCCCGUCCAUCAGCUCCUCAAUGGGGAAACAAUACUGUGGUUUGUCCAGAUAGCCCAGAUGGGUACCCAGUAUUUAUUCCUCACCCUCAUGACUGUACAAAAUACUUUAUCUGUGUUGGUAACACUCCUGUACUUAUGAGCUGUGCUCCACCUCUCUACUUUGAUCCUAACAUUGACAACUGCAACUGGCCUUAUAAUGUAGACUGUACCCAGCACGAGACUGAUGCACCAACCAAUGCUCCAACUGAUGCACCCACUGAUGCACCAACUGACAAUCCUACUGACGAUCCAACUGAUUCUCCCACUGAUAAUCCUUUUAAUGAUCCUUUUGAUGCUCAUUCAAUCAUGAUUAUCUAAGAGUGCCAUUAAGUAACAUUGAUGUUUCUUUACAAUAGUAAUGAAAUUAUUUAAUUGGUCAUUAUUUUAUUUUAACUGAAGACUUAAAUAAAUUGCAAAAUUGGUUUA